GCUGUCUGCGGCGUCGCAGCGGCCCUGGCUGCCGCGGCGACGAUCUCCCAGCGGGCAGUGCGGCCCGGCUCUCCUGAGGCAGCGAGUGCCACGUCCCAAGUGCUACGCGGAGGAGAGGAGCGGACGGUGUGCGGGGGGCGGGGAGCAGCGCUGAGCCCGGUCCGGCCACACUAAUCGCCCGCCGCCAUGGGCUCCUCGCAGAGCGUCGAGAUCCCAGGCGGCGGCACGGAAGGCUACCACGUCCUGCGGGUACAAGAAAAUUCCCCAGGACAUAGAGCUGGACUGGAGCCAUUCUUUGAUUUUAUUGUUUCUAUUAAUGGUUCAAGAUUAAAUAAAGACAAUGACACUCUUAAGGAUCUACUGAAAGCAAACGUUGAAAAGCCUGUAAAAAUGCUUAUCUACAGUAGUAAAACACUGGAGCUGCGAGAGACCUCAGUCACACCAAGUAACAUGUGGGGUGGCCAGGGCUUGUUGGGAGUGAGCAUUCGUUUCUGCAGCUUUGAUGGAGCAAAUGAAAACGUUUGGCAUGUGUUGGAAGUGGAAUCAAAUUCUCCUGCAGCACUGGCAGGUCUUAGACCUCACAGUGAUUAUAUCAUUGGAGCAGAUACGGUUAUGAAUGAGUCUGAAGAUCUGUUCAGCCUUAUUGAAACACAUGAAGCAAAACCAUUGAAACUUUAUGUGUAUAAUACAGACACUGAUAACUGUCGAGAAGUGAUUAUUACACCAAAUUCUGCAUGGGGUGGAGAAGGCAGCCUAGGAUGUGGCAUUGGAUAUGGUUAUCUGCAUCGAAUACCUACACGCCCUUUUGAAGAAGGAAAGAAAAUUUCCCUUCCAGGACAAAUGAGUGGUACACCUAUUACUCCUCUUAAAGAUGGGUUUACGGAGGUCCAGCUGUCCUCAGUUAAUCCCCCAUCUUUUUCAACACCAGGAACUGCAGAAAUUGAACAGGGUCUGUCUGGACUUUCUAUUAGUGCAACUCCACCAGCUGUCAGUAAUGUUCUCAGUACAGGUGUACCAACAGUACCAUUAUUGCCACCACAAGUAAACCAGUCCCUCACUUCUGUGCCACCAAUGAACCCAGCUACAACAUUACCAGGACUGAUGCCUUUACCAGCAGGACUUCCUAACCUACCUGCCCUCCCCAAUCUCAACCUCCCUACACCGCACGUUGUGCCGGGGGUCAGCUUACCAGAACUCGUGAACCCGGGUUUGCCACCUCUUCCUUCCCUGCCUCCCCGAAACUUAGCCGGCAUUGCCAUGCCAUCCGAGUUCCCCAUGCCAUCCGAGUUCCUCCCGUCAUUCCCUUUGGUUCCAGAGGUCUCUUCCUCAGCAGGCUCAGCGGAGCUGCUGUCCUCCCUCCCACCCACCGGCAGUCCACCCUCCGACCCCGUCCCGGCCACUGCAAAGGCAGACGCUGCCUCCGCACUUACUGUGGAUGUGACGCCCCCCACUCCCAAGGCCCCCGCCACUGUUGAGGACAGAGUCGGCGAACCCACCCCAGCCAGUGAGAAGCCUGUCUCUGCGGUUACGGAUGCAAAUGCCUCUGAGUCACCUUAGCUUUGGACCAGCCUUCGGAAUUGGCGUGGUGUGCUUAUGUAACCACAGGAGCGUGUCUGGAAAUGCAAACUCGUUAAUUUCAUACUAGUUUGUACCGUAUCUGUAGGCGUCCUGUAAAUAAUUCUAAGGGGAAAACUAAGCAAGAGGAUGUGGGCUUGUGUCCUGCCAGGUUGGGGUGGGGCUCACCGGCCGGGGAGGGAACAGUCAGAAAGCGCUUGUAUUUUAAGACAACCAAAAGAAUAAGGGUGGCUUGCUGCCAGGUUUCCACGGCCAUUCUUGGGGGUGUACAUCUUUGGGAAAGGUGGUGAUGGGGUGUCCACAAGGCUCCCUGUCCUCCUGCUGCUCCUUCUGUAAGAAAAUGAAAUAUUUUAUGCCUAAUACCCACACGCAACAUUUCUUAUAUUUUGUAAAUCAUUUGCAAGAAUGCAGACCACCUUGCUGAACCGUGAAAGGGAAAGAUAGUUUAUGUUUGGUCUCUGUGAGCCACAUCUCUAUUAAGGUUUACACAAAAAUUCCAACUAAAGAUGUUUGUUAAAGUUACACAAUGUGCACUAUUAAUUGAACAUCUUUUUGUUCAGCCUAUACACAGAUGUUUGUUUUGAGAUCUCAAAAUUACUCAGACAACAUUUUGUAACUGCUGCUGUUGCUUUAUACGUCCACCAUAAAAUGACAUUUAAAAAGAAAUAAAGGAGAUGUUGCACAGUUUUAAACCAGAAGGUGGCACUUUGUAGCUACUUAUAAUAUUAUAGCUAUACUGGGAAAGCAGAGAUACAGCAAUAAAUUACAGUAAUUUUGCUUUUCUUCUUGUGGUACAUUUAGAUUACAGCUCCUGAUUGCCACUUGUGCACUUGUUCCUUCCCCAUGUGUCACACUGCACUAAUGUAAUUUUUCAUGUCUGAUGUCUGCUUUCUCCUAAGUUUUCUAAGAGAUGGUAAGUUACGUGGAAUUGACUUAUUGAAUGAAAUUAAAUGCGUAUUAUAUCUCUGUUUUUAAAAAAAGAUGAAAGAGAUUCUUCGGUUAUUGA